AUGGCAUUACUUAAGAACCGAUACGCACCGGCCACCGCUAGCGCUAGACGGGGUGACUUCUUUAUCGUUUCGAAAGGUGAUGAACACUCACUUGCGGUCCAGCUGGCUUUCUGGUGUGUUUCUGGUCAGGACCAGUUGGAGGUCCAGGUUGUCGUCUCUACUGCUCUGGUGGAUAAGCCGUCGGCGAGAUGGCUUGCAGGGAAGCUUGCUGCUGCUGUGGGGGCGCUAUCAGAGGCUCCUAGAAUACUGUUAGACGAUGUUUGUGUUGGGCAAAGGGAAUAUGUGAUAGUUGGAUUUUGGUCUUCCUAUCAUAUAGGCUCAUUUAAUUAG